AUGGUCAUUUCAUUUGCUCUCCCAACAACUUCGCACGUUCAAUUUCAGUCAUUUAUCCAUUCAAAUACCCAUCCGUCUCUCCCGCAGGUGGGCUCGACUGCUCGCCAUGGCCUGAGGGUCGCACUCAAGAAACAUAAACGCCUUACCCCUGCCCAACAAGCCUCUCACCUCCCGCAUGUCCUGAUAGCAUUGAAUGAGUAUAUUCCUUAUUUAUCUGCUAUAUCACGAGGAUUAAGUUCCAAUUCAUGGCGAGAAGAUGCAGCGGCAGAGGAUGCAGAAGGUGGGAGAAGAUCGCAAGACGUUGAAGGUAUCGACAUCCUUCUUCGAUCUGAAAUCGAAGUCGAAUGGCGUCCCACGUUGAGCUCAAUGUCUACCAUAAGUAUGCUACGCCAGACUGCCAUGCGGGGAAACGAUUCGUCUUCUUCGUCGUCGUCAGCAAGAGUUAAGGGCCGUGGUUUAGAUUUUGAGAUUGCCUUUGUCUUGUCGACUCUGGCUUACGUCCACUCAUCUCUUGCACGAACAAAAUAUUUAACCACUCUAUACUCGGCCCACACUCCCACAGUUGAACAGAAGGUAGCGGCCAUCCAAGCUGCGACAAAACAUCUACUGCAAGUCAGCAGUAUACACUCCUAUCUUGCUACAUUCUCGCCAGUCUCAAUAUCUGCUCCUUCGAACACAUAUACUCCAGGUGAUUCUGGGGCCGAGAUGUUAAAAAUACCAGUUCCUGACCUAGACCCAUCCAUGCAAUCUGCUUUAUCCUCACUGGCCUUGGCUGAGGCAACUUUGCUUGCUGUUUUAAAGGAUGACGCCUUCAUAUCAGCUUGUAUCCAGUCACGGAACAAGAAUGAUACAGAAUGGAUGAUUAAAUCUCCUGAUAUCCCCAAAGUUCGAACGCUUCUAUUCGCACGACUCUGUGUCCGCGCGGCAGAGUAUGCAGAGCAGGCUGCAGCUAGUGCAGGUAUGCUGCAGAAGGGCAAAGGGUCGCAUGGUGACACCGGCUCUGAGAGGAAAAUAGACAGUGAUCUAGUGAAUUAUAUGACUACUCUGGCAAAAGUAGCUAGAGCAAAAGCUUGUCGAUUCUUUGGCAUCGAUGCUGAAAUGUCUGGAAAGGUUGGAGAAGGGAUUGCCUGGUUAAGGGCAGCUCGAGCUGUGCUUGGAUUCAAAGGCUCAACGGCAGAGGCGGACGCUGAGAAGCCAUCUAAGAGUAGAUUAGGCGGAUUCUCCCGAUUGAAGAAGGAAUGGUCAGAGAGGAAAGAGGAAAAGAAAAUCGAGAAAGUAGCAACGUCGUCUAAAGCCAGUGAGCUUGAGACUGAUAUUGACUACGGCGAUGAUGCCGGGAGAGAGGAAGAGGGGAGAGUAAUCGAUAUACUCGAGAAGAAGUGGAUGAAAAUGAAUGACACAGUCAAUACCCAGUUGAUCCCUUCUUCGAGUUCAUACGCUGCUAAUUUGCCUUCUGGAAGAGACAUACUCACACCACCAGCGCUAUAUGUUCCUCCUAUGCUGGAACCAGAGCAACUUGUACGGUUACGAGCUCCCGCUGAGCCUAUAGAUAGCAGCGUCGAAGUGGAGAGCAGCGAAGGCGAGGAUGAGAAGGAAACAUCCCGGAGCUACUAUUAG